GUAUUUCCAGCGGACUGCAACUCAGCUUCUGUAAGGUCUAUGGAAAUCCAAAAACAAAACAAGCCGUUUUCUCUUUUCAAACAAAAUUCCGCUUUGGAGCCGACCAGGUUUCGGAGACAAAGUGUAAUGUGAUCGCAAUAUCUGAUAGCUCGACAUGUUAUUUUAAAAGCAACAAAGUUGUGCAUAUCGCAUUUUUGUUUUUGUGGAGAGCCAAACAAUGUCAAGGACGGACAUUUGACUUCAGACACUCAGGGACUAGCAGCCAGAGGAAGGCCAUCCCUGCGCCAAGCAAGAGCCAAGCAUGACGUGAACGGAAACAGGACUGUUCCACCUUUUCCAGAGGAGACAGAGAUGGUCAUGUUUGGUAUGGGCUGUUUCUGGGGAGCAGAGAGGAAGUUUUGGAGACAGAAAGGAGUUUAUUCCACCCAAGUGGGCUACUCUGGAGGGUACACACCUAACCCCACCUACAGGGAAGUUUGCACAGGCAUGACAGGACACACUGAGGUGGUACGAGUUGUUUUCCAUCCAGAGCAGAUCAGCUUUGCAAGUCUCCUUAAAGUCUUCUGGGAAAGCCACGACCCGACUCAAGGGAUGCGUCAGGGGAACGAUGUUGGGACGACGUACCGCUCUGCCAUCUACACCUACACACAGCAGCAGCUUGAGGAAGCUUUGGCCUCCAAAGAUCAAUACCAGAAGGUACUAACAGAGGAAGGUUUUGGUCCGAUUACCACAGAAAUAUCUGAAGCCAAGCCGUUCUACUACGCCGAAGAUUACCACCAGCAGUACCUGAGUAAAGACCCUGAUGGAUACUGUGGCCUUGCAGGAACAGGUGUCACCUGUCCAAUAGGUAUCAAGAAGAAAGCCUAGAUAGCCAAUGACAGCUAGGAGUUACCGCUGUUCUGUGAUGUCGUGAUUUUUGAAAGUGAUACUCACGGAUGCAAGAAGUUUGGGGUUUUAAACAUACGAAGAUCCAAUUUGUUUUAUCUUGUAUGCACUUAAUAUUUAUACUGAAUUACAGCUGUGAGCUUGUCAGUAGUUUUUACAGUUAAGAACUGAUGUAUAUCUGGAAAGAAUCUCUCUGUUGCAAUUUCUGAUUGAUGCGACCGGUGACACGACUGCACAACAUGAACUGCAGGCUGACAAAGGCUGUGAGUCUUCUCAGCUAUUUGCUAAUGAUAAACAUACCAUUGCCUGAAAAUGUAUGCAUAAAAAAAUACUGUGAUCUAAAAGUGAUGCAGCACAUCACUUUUCAAAAAGGUAUGAAUGAAAAUACAGCAAUCGACACAUUCAGCACAAUUUUAUCUAAUAAAUAAAUAUAUAAUGUACGAAGUAUUGACACAGGUCUAUAUAGUGAGAUCCAGUGAAAUGGCGUUAAAAUCCCGCACUGCAUCAGCACAGAAUUUGCUGAAACUAAGGUUUUAAAAUUGUUGCUAUUAGUGUGGAGAGCUCUUUUCAUUGUGUGUUACAUACAUUAGGAUUCUUACAACUGCUCUGAUUGGUUUAAUCAGCUGCUUUAGGUUGGGGAUGCACUUAAAAAUCAUAUUUUUGUUGCUGAAGUUGCUUCAAAGCUUUUUAUUUAAGAGCUGGUUGCUUUGAAAUUGAUGCAAUUUGCAAAGAAAUAAAGCAGCUUCUGAAAUUACUAGUA